GUGCCCCCCGGCCAUUUGGCCGGCGGCGUGCGGGGGCGGCCGGGUGGGGAGGUGCGCGGCUCGUUGGCUCUCUCCGGGAAGGGGGUGUCGGACCGGCUCACAGCAUGGGUGACCAAGCGCUCAGCUUCCUCAAGGACUUUUUGGCUGGUGGGAUCGCUGCCGCUAUCUCCAAGACGGCUGUUGCCCCCAUCGAGAGAGUGAAGUUGCUGCUGCAGGUCCAGCAUGCCAGCAAACAGAUCACGGCAGAGAAGCAGUACAAGGGCAUCAUCGACUGCAUAGUCCGCAUCCCCAAGGAGCAAGGCAUCAUCUCCUUCUGGAGAGGCAACCUGGCCAACGUCAUCCGGUACUUCCCCACCCAGGCCCUCAAUUUCGCCUUCAAGGACAAGUACAAGCAGAUCUUCCUGGGGGGAGUGGACAGGCGCAAGCAGUUCUGGCGCUACUUCGCAGGGAACCUGGCGUCCGGGGGCGCAGCUGGAGCCACCUCCCUCUGCUUCGUCUACCCGCUGGAUUUCGCCAGGACCCGGCUGGCAGCUGAUGUGGGCAAAGGAGCUGCUGAGAGGGAGUUCACUGGGCUGGGCGACUGCAUCGUCAAGAUCUUCAAGUCUGAUGGUUUGAAGGGCCUGUACCAAGGAUUCAGUGUGUCUGUCCAGGGCAUCAUUAUCUACAGAGCGGCCUAUUUUGGUGUUUACGACACGGCCAAGGGUAUGUUGCCUGAUCCAAAGAAUGUGCAUAUCGUAGUGAGCUGGAUGAUUGCCCAGACUGUCACUGCGGUAGCAGGGCUGGUUUCUUACCCUUUUGAUACUGUGCGACGUAGGAUGAUGAUGCAGUCUGGACGAAAGGGAGCUGAUAUUAUGUACAAGGGCACAAUUGAUUGCUGGAAGAAGAUAGCUAAAGAUGAAGGAUCCAAAGCGUUCUUCAAAGGUGCCUGGUCGAACGUGUUGAGAGGCAUGGGUGGAGCUUUUGUAUUAGUACUUUAUGAUGAAAUCAAGAAAUUUGUCUAAAACUUAACAUCAUAAUGCAGUUCAAUUGUUCUCCAUCAACUUUUUUAAAAUGCUAUUGUGAUGUAAUGGACAACAAAAUAUUUCCUAGGGAAACAGAAUAAAAUUUUUGAGUAACAUGUCUGGUUGAGAUGAGGAUGCAUUAAUUUUAAAAUUGUCCACUACACCACAGAUAUAUUUUGUACAAAAAUUUCUCCAACAUUUGUAUUGGAACCUAUGUAUAUAUUAUACUUCAAAUUUUAAGUAAUACAUUUUGUCUAGAGACAAGACUUAGGUGGUCUGUGCCUAGUUUAAAAUCUAAUAUUGUGAACUCUUAAUAGAAUAUCUCCAGAAAUAACCGCUGAGUGACGUCUCUAGCUACCCAACAGGAUGAUGACAUAACAUGAAUUAAAAAUCAUGUUUUCUUCAAAAGCUGUAUGUUUUUAAUAUGAUACUGAGUGAAAGCGUGUCUGAAAACAUAAACUGUACUAAAACACCAGGCUGAGUUGCUAACUGCAGCCUCGUCACUGACAAAUGGCACCAUCAUAUGGUUGAAACCAUAAUCUGAUUUUUCAUUCUUUGUAGAAUAUGGAAAUGUUUCAAAAAUUCCCUGUACUUUUACAAAGCAAAAAGUUGUCUGCUCUGAUGUUCAAUUGAACUAAAACUGAAAUAAAUUAAUAUUAAUGAA